AUGGUCAAAGGUGCUAUUUUCACUGAGGACGCGCGGGGGGGCAGCGCCGAGUUGGCCUUCAAAUACGCAGUAUACAGAAUUAAUAAGGAGAUAAACCUACUACCUAAUACUACACUUGUAUACGAUAUACAAUAUACAUCUGCUCAAGACUCCUUCAGGACUUAUAAAAAAGUCAACGAUACGGAGUCCUUCACAGUUAAUUUGCAUCCGCCUAAAGAUAUGAUCGACAAAGCGUUUCUGGACCUCACUUCAUACCUCAACUGGACGAGAAUGGGUAUCAUAUACGAAGACUAUGGAUACGGCGAACUGAAUGUAUUAAACGUGGCCAAAGAUGGCCGCGACAUGUACGCGGUGAGGUGUGACGACGCGAACGACUACAGACGAGCGCUCGCGCAGCUGAAGGCGCAGAAGAUACAACACAUACUAGUGGACACUGAUCCUAAGAAAAUCACGCAGUUCGCUAGAGCGGUGAGUAAGGGUGCGCGCGCACUGAUGACAUUUUGUCACCAUGAGUUUUUGUGUCCGGUCACCGUGCCUGUGAAGCCUUACAGUGGCGCGCGCAAUUGAACAUAUUACUACGUUUUUAUUUUAUUAAUAAACUAUAAGUGUAAUAUUCUCCAAAUAAGUGUAAUCAAAUUAUUUUUCUUUUAUAUUUAAAAAUUAAAAUGAUUUAUAUUUUUGGAACACACAACAUAAACCUGUAUUUUCACUUGUAUUCAAUAUCCCUAUUAGGUAAUUCCAAACAAAUGACAGGAGCACCAGUGCGACGAUAUGGAGUUAUUUGAUUUAGAAGAUUUCUAUUACAAUCGUGUGAAUAUAAGUGGUUGGAGACUGGUGGACAGAGCAUCAGACAAGGUGAAGGAAGCCCUCCAGGUGAUGGAGAAGUUCCACCCCAUAGGAGCCUCCAUACUUAGCGGUGGACAUAUUAAGACUGAACCAGCUCUCUUGUACGACGCUGUGCAAGUCCUAGCUCUCGCUUUGUCUAGUACUGAGAACGUGCGAGCCGAUAAUAUCUCCUGCGACAAGGAGACAGUCUGGAGUCAAGGGAGAAUGCUCCUAGAUAACGAGAAACCGUACGUGAUGGUGAAGGAAGGUUGGAAUUUACAAGGUAACGCUAGGUUCGAAGGGUUCUGCAUAGAUCUGUUGGGGAGGGUCGCCGCCAGAGCUGGCUUCCACUACAAGCUGAGGCUGGUGCCCGACAACAUGUACGGAGCUAGAGAUCCUGAUACUGGACACUGGAACGGGAUCGUGAGAGAACUCAUGGAUAGGAAAGCCGAUAUAGCCGUCGCUUCGAUGACCAUCAACUACGCUAGGGAAGCUGUCAUAGAUUUCACUAAGCCCUUUAUGAAUCUUGGGAUCGGUAUUUUGUUCAAGGUUCCAACAUCCCAACCGACGAGACUGUUCAGUUUCUUGAACCCGUUAGCUAUAGAGAUCUGGUUAUACGUGUUGGCUGCGUCAACCGGUACCCAUGUAUGUGGACACGAAACCAAACUCCUGACGAACCAGUUCAGUGUCUGCAAUUCGUUCUGGUUCAUCACCGGCACCUUCCUCAGACAAGGAUCAGGAUUAAAUCCGAAGGCGACAUCUACUCGGAUCGUGGGUGGUAUAUGGUGGUUCUUCACGUUGAUCAUCUUAUCAUCAUACACGGCCAACCUCGCUGCCUUCCUCACGGUCGAGAGGACAGUAUUACCCAUACAAAGCGCGGCAGAUCUGGCGGCUCAGACAGCCAUACAAUACGGCACGCUCAACGGUGGAUCCACUAUGACGUUUUUUAGAGACUCGAACAUAGAUAUAUAUCAGAAGAUGUGGCAGCACAUGUCGACGGCUUCACCGCCUGCUCUAGUGUCAUCGUACGAGGAGGGAGUGAGGAGGGUACUGUCAGGAAACUAUGCUUUCCUCAUGGAGUCCACCAUGCUCGACCAUAGAGUCCAGAGAGAUUGCAAUCUGACGCAGAUAGGGGGUCUGUUGGACUCUAAGGGUUACGGCAUAGCAACAUGGAAAGGUAGUCCGUGGCGAGACAAGAUAUCGUUAGCUAUUCUAGAGUUGCAAGAGAAGGGGGUGAUCCAGAUAUUAUAUGACAAAUGGUGGAAGAACACUGGUGAUGUCUGCAAUAGAGACGGGAAGGACAGUAAAGCCAAUCCCCUGGGUGUUCAAAAUAUAGGAGUUACGUACGGCGAUGAGAGGCGGCUCGUCCACCCGCACGGUGCUCAGGGCGGGCUGCUCCAGGUGCUCGCCGGCCACACACGUACCACCCGCGCCCAACAGAUACGAGCGCGGCGCGCGGCGGGGCCCGGCCUCCGCGCCCGCCUCGCCCGCGCGCUGCACGCACCACUCCUUCGGACGGUGCCCACAUUACAAUUCCGUCGGUUCUCUGAGGAGGACCACAUCUUAUGUCUUGAAGGAGCCGAGGGAGCAUCAAACCAAGAAGCAUGUACAGAUCGUAGCGUAGCAUAG